CCCCAUUUUUUUAUUGUCGGGUCUCAAAACGAUUUCCAUUAUAAUUUUAUUUCGUCAAUCGAUAUUUUCUCUUUUUUAACGCUAGACGGUUGUAAUCAUCUUUUCUUAUUGACUUACCCUCACGACUGUGUAAUAAGAAGGAGUCACCGAUGCCAGCCAAGUCCCUUAUUGUAAGGAGUCACCUUACACACGUCGUUUUCCUCCGAAUAGUUGUGAGAGCCUCCGGUACGGGACCCCCGUAUAAGCCGCGUGGUUGUCGCUGUGGAGAAGAACAUAAAAAAUAAACCAACAAACAGAAAAUCAGUGGGACUGAAAAAAGUCAGCUGGAUGACGUACAAUGCUGUGUCGACUGGAGCGAUAAAAUAAAGAAGAAAAGAAAAGGGGAAAUCUGCUCCGCCAAAAGGUAAGACGGAAAAAAAGAAAACUAAAAUCAAAAGGAGUCCAUCUAGUAGUAUCCAUAAUUCAUGUUUCGUCCUAGGCGAGUUGGAACGAGUCACGUUUCCCGCGUUCCGAGGCGGGUGGCGACCGUGUCCGUUUUUCCCCGGCCCCGCGUGCUGCUGCUGCUGCUGCUGCUGCUGUCGUCGUUCCAUCCACGAACCCGGGGAUAGCGCGACCGGGGAGCAGCGCAGAUGAUCGUGCUGUGGUGUAAAGUAAGAAAAGCUCACGCUUGAUUUAUCAUCGAAGGAGCGACCGAGAGAGAAGAGCGAGAGAAGAGAGAGAAAAAAAAAUGUUACGCCAAGCAAAACGGGACCUCUUCGAACUCCUGUCACGCUCCGCGAGUGGGAGCCGCCAACCGACAAUCUUGAACGAGAUAUGACGAGGUGAAGGACGCCGAGCUUCUUUUUCUUUUCGUCUUCGGAAAGUAUUUGGGAAUUUUCGAGUGAUAGAUGAGGAUGGACGGGACGACACAGGAUCGGGACGAUCCCAAAAGGAGGCGAAGGAGGAGGAGGCCGCUGGAUCCCAUCCGACGACGCCUCAACAGGACAACAACGACGACGUGUUGCUGCUGGAUGCAAGUCUUGGUGAUUGUGUUGUAUGUGGCCGUCGGACUGGCCGACGGCCGGAAAUUGUCGUUCACCCGCCCGCGUUAUAACGCCACCAUUUACGAGAACAACAUCGGCAAGAGCUACGCACAGCCGGAGACGGAGCGGAUGGGCAUCCAGUUACCGGAAGUGGCUUCUGCCACGGAUAUCCGCUACCGCAUCAUCAGCGGCGACAAGAACAAACUCUUCAAAGCCGAGGCCCGUCAAGUUGGUGAUUUCAGUUUCCUACUGUUGAGAACUCGAACCGGACAGGUGGACGUGCUCAACCGGGAGCGGACGGAGCUGCACAAACUGCGGGUGCGGGCCAUGCUCAGGUCGGCCGUCGACGGGUCCGAUUCUGACCUGCCGGACGCCGAGGCCGACGUCUGGGUCUACGUAUUGGACACCAACGACCUGAGUCCGCUCUUCUAUCCCAGUGAAUACGAAGUCAACGUGCCGGAAGACUCGGCUCUCCACGUUUCGCUGGUCCAGGUCAAAGCCGACGACGCCGACGUCGGAGUCAACGGCGAGAUUUACUACUCGCUGGCCGAGCCGUCGGACACGUUCGCCGUCCACCCGCUGACGGGCGUCAUCUCGCUGACGAGGCCGCUCGUCUUUGCCGACCAGCCGUUUCACGAGCUGGCCGUUUUGGCCAGCGAUCGAGGGCCCAAAUUGGGAGCCGCCGUCGUUGGCGCCUCUUCCCGGGCCAGGGUCCGCGUCCACGUCCUGCGGGUCAACCAGCACGAGCCCCGCAUUCACGUCCGCCACUUGCCGGAAGUUGUCGAGCAAUCCCAAGUGGAUGUUUAUGCCGUUGUCCGGGUUGAAGAUGCCGACGCCGGCCCUAGCGGCCAAAUUCGCUCGCUGGAGAUCGUCGACGGAGAUCCGGACGGUUAUUUUCGAGUCCAGCGAGUCGGAACCGGCGGCCAGCCAGGCAACAAUAAUGAUAAGAACAACAACAAUGGGGCAGCUGAAUUCAACAUUGCCGUUCUCAAAUUACUGGACCGCGAAAGGGCCCCGAUGGGCUACAACUUGACCCUUAGGGCCGUGGACGGCGGGACGCCACCGCGCAACUCGACGGCCACCCUUCACGUGACGGUCUCGGACUGGAACGAUCACGCGCCCGUCUUUGAUCGCGAGCACUACGAAGUGCGGAUCGUGGAAACGGCGCCCGUCGGCACUCCACUCAUCCGCCUUCGCGUUUCUGACCAGGACCAGGGACGCAACGCCCAGGUCCAGCUGAGCAUUGUCGGCGGCAACCAAGGCGGACAUUUUCGCAUCAAUCCCAUCUCGGGCGUCCUCUACACGGCCUUGCCGCUGGACGCUGAAAUGAGGGCCGAGCACAUCCUGACCGUCAGCGCCAUCGAUCAGGGCACGGCCGGCACACGUCAACAGUCGUCGGCUAAAAUCACAGUCCAAGUGCUGGACGCCAACGACAACGACCCCAUUUUCUACCAGCAGCCGGGCGGCGUCCUGGAGAUUCAGGUGGAUGAGAACGAGCAGGCCGGAGCUGAAGUUGCCAGAGCCACGGCACGUGACGCCGACGCUGGUGAGAAUGCAUACAUCAGUUACAGCCUGGCUAAUCUGGCGCCCGUCCCCUUCGAAGUGGAUCCUUUCACCGGAGCCAUCCGCACCACCGAAACGCUCGACUACGAAACCGGACGCCGAAGAUACUUGCUGAAAAUCCGGGCCUCCGACUGGGGGACGCCCUACCGACGCCAAUCUGAGCUGCUGGUGACGGUCGCCGUGCGAGAUGUCAAUGACAACCGGCCGCAGUUCCAGCGGGUCGGCUGCGUCGGACGCGUGCCGCGGACGACGGCCAUCGGCUCGGAGCUCUUGACUCUGUCGGCCGUCGAUUUCGACCAGGGCAACGCCGUCGUCUACCGGAUCGUGUCCGGCAACGAGGACGGCUGCUUCAGUCUGGACUCGUCGUCUGGCGCCCUGGGCGUCGCCUGCGACCUUUCGGACCUUGGCAUCAGCGAGCGAUUCGUCAACGUGACGGCCACCGAUGGCCAGCACUUUGCCGACAUCAUGACGAUUCGGAUCCAUCUGACGGGCGGAGUGCGAGGCGAGGACGAGUCGCGCUUCGAGUGCCGAGAAACUGGACUGGACAAGAGGCUCCUGGAGAUGAUCAAUACGGCCGCUAAAAGGCAGCAGGCGGGCGGCGAUGACUCUGAUCCGGUCACGGAACUGCCUCCACUUCCGUCGCGAUACGGCCAGAACGUCCACACACCGGAAUUUUACGAUUUCCCCGUUCAGGUCCGUGUCAACGAGUCGGUAUCGAGCGGGACGCCAUUGAUCCGCCUGAGGGCCAGAGAUCGUGAUCACGGAUACAACGGUUUGCUGGUCUAUGUCAUUUCUGGAGGCGACGACGAUUCCGCAUUUCAAAUCGAUACCGAGUCGGGUCUCCUGCGGGUGGCUGGCCAGCUGGACCGCGAGAAGCGCGCCGGUUACUCGCUCAACGUGACCGUCUUCGACUUGGGUCAGCCCCAGAAAUCGGCGUGGAGGAUCCUGCCCGUCAUCGUGACGGACGUCAACGACAAUCCGCCGCGAUUCGAUCGGCCCGUCAUCAGCGUCUCGAUUGCUGAAACGGCUCAAAUCGGCACGUCGGUGGCCCAGCUGAGCGCCAACGACGCCGACGAGGGUGACAACGCCAAAAUCACGUUCGCCCUGGCCGGCGGCGAGUCGUCGGACUUGAAACUUGACCCCAACACUGGAUUGCUCACAGUUUCCGGCCAGCUGGAUCGGGAGAGGCGUGACUUUUACGAGGUCGUCGUUAUCGCUCGGGACGGGUCGCCCAAUGGACCCGGAUUGACGGCCAAGGCUUUGGUCCGCGUCCGCAUUUUGGACGUCAACGACGUGGCCCCUCGUUUCGCCCGUCCCUGGCAAGUGGUCAAAAUCCGGGAAGACAUGCCCGUCGGUGCCGUUGUGGCUUUGGUCGAAGCCAGCGACCCCGACCUCGGACUGGGCGGCGUCGUCCGUUACAGCCUGGCGUCCAGCUACGCCUCGGAAAUCGUCGAUCAGUUCAGCAUCGACAAAGUGACUGGAACGGUGCGACUGGCCCGCCGAUUGGACUUUGAGGAUCGCUCCGUCUACAAUUUGACGGUCCGCGCCAAGGACCGCGGCUCGCCUUCCCUGUCCAGCGAGGCCUACCUGGCCGUCGAAGUGGUGGACGUCAACGAGAACCUCUACGCUCCGCGCUUCGAAGACUUUGUCACAGAGGCCAGCGUACGUGAGAACGCGCCGCCGGGCACAUUAGUGGCCAAAGUCACCGCCACCGAUGCGGAUCCUUCCGGCGACGACUCGCGGCUCUCGUACGCUAUCCGCGGCGGAACCGGCCUGGGCCUCUUCUCCAUCGACAAUGAAGGCACGAUCAGGACUCGAGCCGUGCUGGAUCGUGAAACUACGCCGCAUUAUUGGCUGACGGUGGUGGCCCAGGAUCACGGCAUCGUCACUCUUUCCGCUUCCAUCGAAGUAUUUAUAGAAGUUUUGGACGAGAACGAUCACAUCCCGCUGACGGCCGAGCCCGUCUACUGGGUCCACGUCGCCGAGAAUUCGCCGCCCAAGACGCCCGUCGCCCGAAUCACGGCCAUUGACGGCGAUCGCAAUUCCAGGCUGACCUACCAGCUCAAAGCCGGAAAUCCGCAGUCUCUCUUCGACAUUGAUCCCAACACCGGCAAUAUCACGACUACUGGAAGGCGCCUGGAUCGAGAGAAUUUGACGGAACACAUUCUGGAGGUGAUGGUGAUUGACAACGGCAAUCCGACGCUUUCAUCCAGCACGCGCGUCGUGGUGACGGUCGACGACGUUAAUGACAACGCCCCGGAGUUUCUCGAGCGCUUCUACAAGAUUCAAAUUCCAGCCAGCGUCAUCUCUCAUCCGGAAAGCGCCGUCCUUCAGAACGAAACGGAGGAAUGGCUCGAUCCAGAGUCCAACAGUCCAACAGAAUCCAACAGCACCAGUUUGUGGAUCACCUCGCGGCUGGACAAUCUGCUGGGCAGUCCAGUCUUCAGGGUGGAAGCACUCGACCGAGACGCUGGCGAAAAUGGCCGCGUCGAAUACAGCCUGAUGGAGACGGCCAGCACCAAAGGCCGCUUCCGGAUUCAUCCGCACAGCGGCAUCGUCUACGCCCAGAAGAGCCUCGCCGCCGGACAAGAGUUCUCCUUCAGCGUCCGAGCCAGCGACCGAGGCCGCCCGGCUCGCAAUGCCACCACCCGCGUUUCAGUGGCCGUCAUCGGAGUGCCUUCGCAAUCGGCCAAUCCGCCCGAGCUGAGCACGGACAACAGCCGCCGAGCUGACGUCAUGGAAUCCGAUCCUGUCGGUCACGCCGUCGCCUUCAUUACCGCCAACGACCCCGACGGCGACAUGUUGUGGUACAAGAUCGAAGAUGGAAAUAUCGGCGACAAAUUCGCCAUGCAAACAACGGGCAACGGCAAAGUUUACGUGGCCCAGCCGCUCGACUGGGAGCAGCAAUCCUCUUAUUUGCUCAACAUUAGCAUCACCGACGGCCACAACACCAUCUACACUCAGCUGGAAAUAACGGUCCUCGAUGUCAACGAUCACCCGCCCGUCUUCUCUGAACAACAUUAUCGAGCCGAAGUGUCUGAGAACGCCGAAGUUGGGGCGGAGAUUAUCACACUCAACGCCACCGACGCCGACCAGGACAAGAGAGUCUUUUACGCUCUCCACGCCGCUUCCAGCGCUUCGUCAUUACGAAAGUUCAAAGUGGAUUCCAUACGCGGUGUCGUCACUUUGGCCGAGAAACUUGACCGGGAAACGAUGGCUCAACAUUUGCUGACGGUGUCCGUCAAAGACCAAGGGACGCCGUCCAAGCGCAAUUUCGCCCGCCUGUUGAUCGACGUGACGGAUCACAACGACCACACUCCCGAAUUCAUGUCGGAACUGGUGCAGGUGCGCAUCUUCGAGACGGCCGCCGUCGGCUCGGUGGUGACAGUCAUGCUGGCCAUCGACAAGGACCGCGGCGUCAACGCCAAAGUGACGUAUUCCAUUAGCUCCGGCAAUGUGGGCGGGGCCUUUGUGAUCGAGCCCGACUCGGGUCUCAUCCGCGUCAAUCAACCGCUGGACGUCGGCACGGCUCACGAGUACAUGCUGGUAGUGAAGGCUUCUGAUGGAGGUUCGCCGUCACUUUCGACCUCUUGUCGAGUCCACAUUCUCGUCACUAUGGCCGAGAACGAUCCCCCCAAAUUCUUGCAGAGCGAAUACACGGCGGACGUGUUCGAGGAUGCCAGCGGCGGGACUUUUGUGAUUCAAGUGGAGGGUAGAUCCAUCUCGAGCUUGUUGUUCGAGAUCACCGACGGCAACGGCGACGGCUCCUUCACCAUCAAUCCCAGCACGGGCAUCAUUGUCGUGUCGCCGAGAGGUGGACUCGACUACGAAACCACCAAGCACUACAAUCUGAGCAUCAGCGCCAUGAAUAUGGCCGGCUCAUCAGCUCGUUGUCUCGUACAUGUGCACGUUUCGGACGUCAACGAUAAUUCGCCAACCUUCAGCCAGGAGCUGUACGAAGGGACGAUCUCGGAGGCGGCUGUGGCCGGAUCGCUGGUCUUCCAGCGCUUGUCUUCCGCUCCGCUGGUCGUUUCGGCUCGAGAUGGCGAUUCCGGAGUCAACGCCCUCCUCUCGUACGACAUUGUGGAGCCGAGGGCCGCCCAACUUUUCGCCAUCGACUCCAAUACGGGCGCCGUGCGGACGCUGGCCCCGCUCGAUCGCGAGCAGCUGGCCCGCGUCGAGUUCACUGUCCAGGUGUCAGACCAUGGCCGCCCGAGGCGCAACUCGGAUCAAGUGGCCCGUGUCAGCAUUGUCAUCACGGACGUGAACGACUCGCCGCCUAAAUUCAUCGGCCAGCAGCAGCCGUACAGCGCCUCGCUGCUUUUGCCGACGUUCGCCGGAGUGGCCGUCGUGCGGGUGCGGGCGGAAGACCCUGAUGUUGACAUUAACUCGACGCUCACUUACGAGAUAACGGGCGGUAAUGGAGCCGGCAAGUUUUCCAUCGACAGACGAACGGGCUGGAUCAGCGUCUCCGACGCCGACGGCCUGUCUGCCAGCAAUUUCUACACGCUGGAGGUGGGCGUCAGCGACGGCAAGUUCAGCACGGCCACCAAAGUGGAGAUCCAGCUGGAGAAGAUGCUGGCGUCAGGACUGGCUUUCGCCCAGGACAAGUACACGGGCUACGUGACGGAGAACAGCACCCGCGGGGCGACGACCAUCGUGGCCCUCAACGUCCUGGGCACCCACCUCAACGAGCACGUCACCUUCUCCAUCCUGAAUCCGCAGGGCCUGUUCCAGGUGGGCAGCACUUCGGGCGUUGUCCAGGCCAUCGGCCAGGUGCCUUUCGACCGUGAAGUCCAGCCGCGUUACGUCAUCGUCGUCGAGGCGAGGAGCGAGCGCGGCGACGGCGAGAAGCCCCGCAUCGCCCACACUCGCGUCGAAAUCGAAGUCACCGAUAUCAACGACAACCGGCCGGCCUUUUUCAAUUUGCCUUACUACGCCGUCGUCUCCUCCGAGGCCCCCAAAGGCAGCGUCGUCACCAAAGUCCAGGCCAUGGACAAGGACGUGGGCGAAAACGGCGACAUCCGCUACGAAUUGCUGCGCGGCAGCGGCGAAUUGUUCAGGGUGGACCGGCGGACGGGCGAGAUUUUGCUGCGCCACGUCCUGGAAGGCCAGCAGGGUCACAGCGACUACGAGCUGGUGGUGGCGGCCUACGACGGCGGCACGCCUCCGCUCUCCUCGGAAGCUCUGGUCCGCGUCAAAGUCGUCAGCAAGAGCCAGCCGGUGUUUGGCCAGCAGUACUACUCGGCCUCGGUCCUGGAGAGCGCCGAUCCACUUUCACCCGUCCUCAGCGUCCAGGCGUCGAGCCCCUCGGGCCGGCAAUUGAUCUACUCGAUCGUGUCGGGCAACGAGGGCGAGGAGUUUGCCGUCGAUUUCAACACAGCCCACAACUCGGAAAACGGGCCUUGUCUCAUUUAUAUCGUCAACCGACUGGAUUAUGAAGUUCGAUCCAAAUAUGAGUUGCUGGUCCGCGCCACCGACAGCGUGUCGGGCGCCCAUUCCGAAGUGCCUGUCAGUGUCAGCGUCGAAGACGCCAACGACUCUCCGCCAGAAUUCAGCAACAAUGAAUACAACGUCACGCUGUCGGAAGCCACGCCUUCCGGCACUGUGGUCCUGGCCGUCAGUGCUCACGAUCUCGACUCUGGCAUCAACGCCCAAGUUGUUUACCGACUGCUGGCCGAGACCAACGGCGGCCAAGAUGCCGCCGUGGCCGUGUCUGCGGCUUCGGCCGAGUUCUUCCACAUCAACCCGGAAGACGGAACGUUGAUUCUCGUGCGCUCGCUGGACCGUGAAACGCAGUCACUACACCAUCUGCUCGUCAUGGCGUCUGACCAGGGCAACCCGUCUCUCUCCAGCACAGCUCACAUCUGGAUCAGAGUGGAGGACGUCAACGACAAUCCGCCUCAAUUCGAACAGCGCUCCUACCGAUGCGUCCUGAGCGAGGAUGGCAAACGAGGCCAAUUCGUCACCAUGGUGACGGCCACCGACCCUGAUGUCUCCGAUCAAACUCGAUUAGUUUAUUCACUAACCGGAGGAAAUGAUCAGCAAAUGUUUAACAUCGAUUCCAAACGAGGCACGGUGACGCUGGGCAACUUGCACCGAUUCGGCGAGCAGCCCAACUACUUGUUGAACAUCAGCGUCAGUGACGGAGUCUUCACAAGUUUCGCCUCGCUCCAAGUGGAUUUACUUUCGACGAACCGGCAUUCGCCCAGCUUCUCUCGUCCUCUCUACGACGUGGAAGUGAUGGAGAAUCUUCCGGCCGGCACGCUGGUCAUCCAAUUGAAUGCAACCGAUCUGGACAGGGAUGAUUUCGGUCACAUCACCUACUCAAUCCUGUCCACUUUCGCCACGGAAACGUUCAGAAUAGACGACGAAACGGGCGACAUUUUCACUCGACGGCCGCUGGAUCGCGAGAGUCGCAGAGUCUACGAGAUCCCCGUGUCCGCUUUCGACGCAGGGGGCAAGUCGGGUCACACGACUCUCCGUGUCAAGGUGGGAGACGCCAACGAUAAUCGUCCAAAGUUCCUUCUGGCUGAAUACAGAGCCAACAUCCACGCCAACUAUUCUGUGGGACAACCAUUCCUAAAAGUCCAAGCCAUAGAUUUAGACGUGGAUAACAACGCAAAGAUCGGCUAUUCUAUUUACGAAUCGAAUGGAACCCGGGCGUCGGAUACGUUCGAUAUUAACCCGUCAACCGGCGAACUUUUCUUGAAACAAAACGCUCUAGCUCUUGCCAACGAAGUGUUCCAGUUUUUCGUUCGAGCAGAAGAUCACGGCUCGCCGGUAUUGGGCACAGAAGCUCCAGUCGACGUCCUAAUCCUCGAUCCGCAAGAACGAGCACCCACUUUUGAGAGAACUUCCUCGAAAUAUUUCAUUUCCGAAUCAGCGCCAGUUGGUACGACCAUUGCGAGAGUCAAAGCGGUGAGCAGUGGCGAACCACUGCACUACACCAUCGUCCCGGCCCCAAGGAAUCCCGACAUUGAGGGCGGAAACAGAGACGAAGACCAAGACCUGCCGUCGCCAUUCUUCUCUGUCGAUGACCAGGGUCAAAUUUACUUGUCGUUGCCGCUGGAUCGCGAAACGUGCGACAUUCACAUCAUCACUGUCGUAGCCUCAACCGACGCCUCGCCGCCCGUCAUAGCCUUCACUGAAGUCAUUAUUCAAGUAUUGGAUUCCAACGAGCAUCCGCCAGAAUUUGAGAGCAACCCGUACCAGGUCGUGGUGGCCGAGAACUCGGAAAAAGGCAGCAGUGUCAUUCGAGUGUCGGCCAUGGACGGAGACCGCGUCACCGGAGCCUACGGCGAUCUUCGCUAUUCCUUUGGCCACAAUAUGGCGCCGGAAUUGGCUAAUAUAUUCCGCUUGGACUCUGUCACGGGAUGGAUUACCACUUUGGGUCUUUUGGACCGGGAAGAAUGCGAUCGUUACGUUCUGCCCAUUAUCGCCAGCGACAACGGCACGCCGGCCAAACUGACGUCCACAACGGCCGUGGUGAUCGAAGUGCGCGAUUACAACGAUAACCCUCCGCAAUUCUCUCAGAGUCACUACGUCGCCGCCGUCAACGAGGAGGCCCUUCCGGGCACGGUCGUCGUUCGACUCACAACCACCGACCGUGACCGGGAGCAGGGCCGUUCCGAUUCCUCGUCUUCCUCGAUGCAACACCAACAACAACCCCAGUUGCAGUACUACAUUGUAAGUGGCGAUCCACGAUCUCAGUUUGGCAUCCGGCAGGGCGAAGUUUAUGUGGAAAGAGCGCUGGAUCGUGAAGAAAUCGGCUCCUACAGUCUCCAGGUGCUGGCCACUGAUGGCUUCUUCACGGCCACCACCCACGUCACUGUUGACAUUUUGGACGAUAACGAUCACGCCCCUGUGUGCACUCAACACCGUUAUCACGAGCUGGUGUCUGAAGCCACCGCUCCUGGUACUUUUAUCGUUCGGGUGCGGGCCACCGACGCCGACGAAGGGGCCAACGCCAAGAUGAAAUUCUACCUGACGGGCGAAGCGGCCGAAUACUUCUUUUUGGACGCCAAUUCCGGCCAGCUGAAAACCUUGAAGCCGCUGGAUCGCGAAUCUAGACCCAUCUACACCCUCACCGCCCACGUUCAGGAUCGGGAACGACCUCAAUGGGAAUGCACAUCGGAGGUGGUCAUCGCUCUGAUGGAUGUCAACGACAACGCGCCCAGCUUCAACCAGGAUUGGUACACUUUCGCCGUGCCGGAAGAUGCCGAACUGAGGACCAUCGUGGGCAAAAUCCACGCCACUGACAGCGAUCUCGGACUCAACAGGAAGAUCAGAUACAGCAUGGUGACGUCGACCACCUCUUUGGCCGGCCAGAACUCUUUCGCCAUCGAUGCCGAAAGCGGAAUCGUGACGGUCGCCAAAGGAUUGGAUCGCGAAACUGUUCCCUCGUACAAUCUGACAGUGUCGGCCAUCGAUUUGGGCACUCCGUCUCUACUUUCAACCGUCGUCGUGACAAUUGUUGUGACGGAUGUGAACGACAACCCGCCGCAGUUCAGUCGGAAAUUGUACGCCGCUUCGGUGGCCGAGAGCUCGGCCAUCGGCGCCGAAAUCCUGAACGUGCUGGCCACCUCGUUGGACAUUGGAGUCAACGCCGAGAUCAAGUACUCGAUUGUCGGAGGCAACGAACACCGUCACUUCGCCAUCGAUCCGCUUUCCGGCGUCAUCAGUUUGGCCGAACCUCUCGACUACGAACGAGCCCGAGAGUUUUAUUUGACCGUCCAGGCACUCGACGGUGGCGUUCCUCCGCUCAGCAAUCACGCAGCCGUCAAUAUCACUGUGCUGGACAGCAACGAUAAUCCGCCCAUCUUCACACAGGCCAGCUACAGCGCAGCUAUCCGUGAAGACGCCAUAAUAGGCGAGACGGUCUUGCGACUCAACGCCGUCGAUUUGGACGGCGGAGACAACGGGCGGAUCACCUACACGCUCCUCAACGGCGACCGGCAUGCACAGUUCCGUAUCGAUAGCAGCACCGGCUUAUUGGCCGUGUCUGGACAGCUUGACAGGGAGCUGAUAACUAGUUACAUGCUGGAAGUCGAAGCCAGGGACAAUGGGCUGCCAUCUUCCUUGGCCAGCAACGUCUUAGUAGCAGUGGAAGUCACCGACGCCAACGACAAUCCGCCCGCCUUCUCCCAGGUCAAUUACACUGCCAUCGCCCAGGAAGAUAAGCCUCUCGGUUUCGUCAUUCUCAAGCUGCUGGUGACGGACGCUGAUGGGCCAACCAACGCCGGUCCCUUUACAUUUGAAAUCCGGUCUGGCAAUGUGGAUAACGCGUUCCGGAUCGACGGCAACGGCUCUUUGCGAACGGCCAGACGUUUCAAUCACAAAGUCCGCGAUCACUACGUCCUGCAGAUUGUCGUUUUCGAUAACGGCAGUCCGCCACUCUACUCGGACACUUGGGUUUUGGUCAAGGUGAUUGAAGAGUCCAAGUAUCCGCCCAUCAUCACGCCGCUGGAGAUCAACAUCAACUCUUUCCUGGACGAGUACGCCGGCGGAGUGAUCGGCCGCGUUCACGUCAACGAUCAAGAUCCUUACGAUACGUUGGUCUACUCGCUGGUCGAGGAGAAAGGAUAUCACCACUCGUCGGUAGCUCUUUUCGAACUGGACUCGGAAGACGGAACGCUGAUCGCCAAGCCGGGGCUGGACGUCGGCGCCUACACGGUCAACGUGUCCGUGUCGGACGGCAAGUUUUUCACCUACUCGUCCGUCAAAGUCAACGUGGUGCUCAUCUCGGACGAGGCGCUGCAGAACGCCAUCAUCUUGACGGUCCGCGACAUCACGGCCGACGAUUUCGUCACCAGUUACCGGAAGAAUUUCCUCAAAGCUGUCCGCAACAUCAUGAACGUCCGCACCAAAGACGUUUUCAUCAUCAGCAUCCAGCCGCAAGUGACGACGGGUCAACAGUCGUCGAAAGGCGCGAAUAACCGGACCAGACGUGCGGAUGAAACUUCUCCGCUGAGGAAAACGGCCGCUGUGACCCGGUUGGAACCCAUGUGGCGAGUCCGCGAUCCUGCCCGGCAAUCGAGACCCAACGUGGACAUUUUGUUUUCGGUUCAAAAACCGUCAGGCGGUUUCUACCCGCCUUCCAUCGUUCGCAAACAGCUGUUGGAUAACGUGGCGGAAUUGGAAGCAACUAUCGAUCAUCACCGCAUCUCCGGCGCUGUCCAGGGUUUCUGCACGGCGAGCUUUUGCGGUGCCAAUGGCAAGUGCUACGACCGAGUUGUUCUUGAUGACACGAUGACGGUGGCUAUUACGUCGGACAUAAGUAGUUUUGUGGCGCCCCGACACAAAUACAAACCGACGUGCAUGUGCAAGGACGGAUACGCCGGCGAGAAGUGCGACGUUGUGGCCAACGAAUGCGCCCGCAACCCUUGCCCAGACUCGCGCAUCUGUCGGCCAGAGUCUGGUCUGCCCGGAUAUUCGUGUCGCUGCCCCGAAAACCAUCCGGGCUGCGUCAACGAAUUGACUCAGAUCACUUCGUGCAAGGAUGCCGCUUCCGGAUGCUACCAACCCAGUCAUCCCAUCUUCUUUGCCGGCAAGUCGUACGCCCAGUACAGUCUGGGAUCCACCAUCGAGCGUCACCUUUUGUUGACUCUCCGAUUCCGGACUGUUCAUCCGACAGGAAACGUCAUGUUUGCUAGUGGUCGUAUCGACUACAGUAUCCUGGAGAUCGUCAACGGAGAGGUUCAAUAUCGUUUCGAUUGUGGAAGUGGCGAAGGUCUGGUGAGAGUGACAGGAUUGAAUGUCAACGACGGUGCCUGGCACGACAUCCGACUGGAGCGUCACGGUAGAGUGGCCGAGUUGACGGUGGACGGAUCCUAUCGGUCCCAAGGUGAAGCUCCUGGCGUCAACGACAUCCUCAACCUGGAGCCCAUCAGCGACUACGUCUUCUUCGGUGCCGAAGUUCGGACCUUGGACGACGUCCGCAUGGGCUUUGUCGGUUGCCUGGACGAGAUCCGAUUCAACGACAAUCUCCUCCCGCAGCACCUGCCCAGCAAUUCGCCCGCCUCCUCUUUGAACAGCCUCAAUCCCAAUUCGGCCAGUCAGUCCGUCAUGCUGAAGAGGUUCACCAACGUGGAAUUCGUCUGCCGCGUUCCGCUCGAAAGACCCGGAGUUUGCGGCACUCAGCCCUGUAUGAACGGCGGUACCUGUACAGAAAUGGUCGGCGUUCUGCCCGGCUAUCAAUGCACUUGCCGGCCUCGUUUCAUGGGCUCCCGCUGCGAGAUCGACAGCGAUCCAUGCGCUUCUUCGCCUUGUCUCUUCAACGGCCGCUGCUACAACCUCAACAACGACUACCGUUGCGAAUGCCCUGCCCGGCUGAGCGGCAAACGCUGCGAAUAUGGCCGCUACUGCAAUCCCAAUCCUUGCAAAAAUGGUGGCAUCUGCGAAGAAGGUGGCACGGGACCCAUCUGCAAGUGUCGUGGAUUCACGGGCGACACUUGUUCCGUCGACGUCAACGAAUGCGAACCUUCGCCGUGCCAGAACGGAGGCACUUGCGUCAACAUCGUCGGCAGCUUCCAGUGCUUGUGCCCCAUCAACGCCACCGGUCAUUACUGCACGGAGCUGGCCCUCAAGAACGAUCUCAUCACCUCCAACCUGUUUCUGAACAAUCUCUCGCUGCUGGAGAUUGUCGGAUUCGUGGUCGGCCUCGUUGGAUUCAUCUUCUUGAUCAGCUUAGUCAGCUGCUGGUGGCGCAAGAGCAAGCGCUCCCGCGGCAGCCAUCGAUCACGCAGCAUGAACGACUCGAACGGCAAAGAGAUGGUGCCACUCAACUCGACCCGGCCAAUGGACUUGUCGGAAUUCAAACGCGGAUCCAAAAUGAGUAACUUGGAAGCCACCAAUCAGGUCCCUCCUAUGCUGCCUCCCCGUCCGGCUUCCUACACGCCCAGCGUGAGCGAGCCCACUUACCUCCCGCUCAACAACCUGGACACGAUCCGCAGCUACGGCUCGGCGGCUGACGAGCUGGAAACGUAUCCGAUGCUGGGCAUGCCGCCGUACAAUGGGAACGGAAUGGGCAGCGUGGGUGGUCACAACAAUCCCGAUUACCACCCCAACCUGAACCGCCCGGCCGUGGUGGGUAUGGCUUCUAAUGGCGGAUCGGUAAUGAGUGGCGGAGGUUGCCUCUCUUCGCCUCCCCUCCUGAUGCCGGCCCUCGACGCCCUUAGCGACUCGGACAGUGUGCACAAGCCCCGUUGGUCGGAUCUGGAAAGCAAUCUCAAAGGAUCCUAUUACGAGGCAGCUAAAAUCCACAAUGACUUGAAAGGCAAAUGCAGCGAGACGGGAUCGGCGACCAACAGGAGCCUCCACAAUCACCACCACCACCACCAUCAUCUGAACGGCAACCACUACGGCCACACUGGAGGUCUUUUGCUCAGCAACGUCAAAAGCACAAACAAGGACACGACAACAGCGUCCUCGGUCUCACCGACAGUCUCCGCCAACGUCGACGAUUGUGCGCCAAAACAAAAAGGCGUUCAACGUGAUGCUUUGAGGGCGUCGAGUCCGCAAGCGGUGACGCAAUCAGCACCGCCGUCCUCUGCGGCGGGACUGGGAGUCUCGUCGUCGUACAACUGUUCCAUUUCCCCGCUGCCUACUCCGCCUCCCAGUCCUCCCGCUAUCCCGCCGUUGCCUAGGGAUUAUGCCGAAUUUGAAUUGAGUCUACAGACGUUGAUGAGGCAAACCGCCCUGCUCAGCCGGCCAUCACCGAGUUACCAUUGGGACUGCUCCGAUUGGGCCAAUCAGAGCCAGAACCCAUUACCCAACAUCACAGAAGUCCCAGGCUCCGAGAUACCGGACUCUUCCAGUUUCCAUAGCAACGAAAGCAACGAAUCCAACGGCAACAACACCCACCAACACGACCCGCUUCACAACGGGAUGAUGAUGACCAUCAGCCCCGAACGUGACCUAGACACUUUGGUGGAGGAUCCUAAAGCGGCUCCAACUUUGAACGGAUUCAGGUCGCUGGAUUCGGACUGCGGCACUGACAUUGAAAUGGGAUCGAACGGCACCAAUCCGUUCCGGUCGCGCCAACCGCCGAGCUUCGAGGAAAUUCUAGCCAACAGCGGACUGCGUCUGUCGGACUUGGCCGUCGUGUCCAUACCCAACAGCGAUGGAGGAUGCAGCGAUAGCGAAGCGCCUUCUGAAUCAUUACCUCCGCCCGGCAACUAUUCCCGCCACCCCAAUCUCUACCUGCCCCCUUACAGCAUCGCCAGCGAGACGGAAGCCGAGGACAUGUCGCCAGUGCGCAACAACAACAACGGGCGGCAGCGCAACGGUUUCGGCAACCGGUUGGCAGAUCACCACGACGACGACGACGACAGCAGCCCGUCAUCUUCGAGUUCGUUCGCCAGUCAAAUCCAUCGACCGUCGGCCAAUUUGCGGGCACCAGGGACCGGAGCCUCCGCUGGAACUCAAUCGGCUCACGAUCGCGUUUCCUCUUUGAUGGGAUCCUGCAGUGACGUCUCCAAUUUGUGCGACAUUGAAGACUCUGAAUUUGAAGGCGAGGACGUCAGGCCGAGGAUGCCGACGGCGAUGACAACCAUCCAUAAACCGGGCCAACCCAUCCAGACGGACGUCUAAGAUCUUUUCAACUGCAAACGCGACUCGGGUUCUGGAUGUUAUCCUUACGGCCUUGCAGUGCCUGGUCCCACUCUGUUUCCAUUUCCAUUGUUUGUCGGCGGACCGAUCCAGCAACCCAUUCGUCGACCUAAUCUGCCAGAUCUCGCCGUCCUCCCAAUCCAGCACUUGCUCCCCCCCCCCACCCCCUCCUCUUCCUUUGCGACGCAACAAUUCACACCCGACGACGGCGAUCGGCGGCGUGAUUUUAUUGAUGAGCUUCUUAUUGUGUCGCCUCAUUUAUUUUGAAGAAAAAGCAGACGGAAAGAUUUUUAGCGAAAAAAUUGCUGUACCGUGAAAAGCUGUACGCGUCAAAUGUGCCACUCACAAAACAACACAACACACACACACACACACACACAACAACAACAACUUUCAAACUGUAAAAAGUAAUGUAUGUAGAUUGGUUGCCGUGAUUGAAACCUCCUGUGUCCCAGACUUUUCUCUGUGUGGAUAAUCCCAUCAAAGGUGUAUGUGUGUGUGUGUGUAUAUGGACGAUCCUGUUUCGUUAUGUAUGACGUGCAAUGUUGAUUCUUCUCUUGGUCUCCCCCACCCCUACCCCCAAACCCCACCAUUUGAUCACGGAAGGAAAGAAAACACGGUCCAGCUCGUUCCCCGAUUUUAUACGACCCUUGUCUUUUCACUAUUUCAAUUGUUUCUCUCGAUCUGACCUUUUUAUUCAUUCGGUUUGUAUAUUCCUCCUGGGAAAGGUUGUUUCGCCCCACCCCACCUCUAGCGUGGACUCUUGUUUUUUUUUCAAAUGAAAGUUGCAAUUGUUUGUUUUUUCUGGUUUUUCGUACAUACCGACGCAAUCGUGUGUUCUUGCAAUCAUCAAUGCACGUGGCUUUUUCUUUUUUAUCAUUAUUUUGAUUUUCUUCUCCGCUGAUAACUCUUUUUUUCUUUUCGUUGUUUCUAUUUUCGUUCCUCUGUUUGUUUUGGUUUGAUUCCCUCUCGGUGAGUUGCGGGGGAAACGGGGGGAAACUGAAACGAGCUGGCGGCAACAGAGUUCAGAGAGAAUCACUCGAUCCAGCCAUAUCUAAAAAAUCCUUUUUGCCGUAUAUAUUUGUGUUUCCGCCUUCCUCCCACCCCUACCCAGCCUGUUCAGCAGACGUAUAUAUUCUAUAAAUAUUGAAAAGAUAAGGAAAGUGAGGGAGAGAAAUGUGGGGAAAUAUUUCGGAGCGUUAUAUUUCCAACUUUGGGUGAUAUUUGCACGCCCAUUUGUUUGCUUAUUCUCUCUCUCUCUCUCUCUCUGAUCCAAUUUGUACAUUAGACGGCGUCGAUGGUGUGGAUGUUUUAGGAAACAACAAAAAGAAAUUAAAUUGACUGAAGGGUAUUUCAAAAAAUCAAGUGGAGAGUUGUUGUACAGUUUUACCUUUUUUAAGACAAAACAAAAAAUAAAUAUGGUUCCAUCUCUUUUGUAAAGAAAAAUUCGUGACAAAUACACAGAAAUCGCAUGUUA